AAGAGCGACGAACACUUAAAGCACGCUGUCUCCUGCCAAUGGCUAGUGCUGGAGAGGCAGAGAACGAGUUUACAAGAAAUCACCGAGAGGCAGACAAAGGAGAGCAAAGCUGCAAUUUACCAUACCGUCAAGAUGGACAUGAAAGUGAAGGUAUGCAAGGAGCAAAGGACUGCAAAUGUUAAGGACGAGGAGGAUGGCGAAUGGCAGGAGAAUCUCUGCAUUAAAGAUGAGGACUGUGAACUGGGGUCCGUGGGCCUUAAAAAGGAGGCUAAAGAGAAAUGUGUCAGCAUUGAGACACACACAUGUAAACAUGUGGAGAGUGUCAAAGAAGACCUUCAGUAUGGGUGUCCUGAUGAAGUUGUGACCGGGUUAGUCUCUUCUCAGAGCAGACACUGUUCCUCUCUGGAGCGUCCUAUCAAUGUAAAGUCAGAGUCUGACACAAUGACGAGUGAGGGAAUUUCACCUGUUAGAAAUCUGAUCGAUCAGCCCGGAGAAGGAGACAAACCUCACUGCUGUUCUGAAUGUGGGAAACGAUUCCUUUACAGGGGCAAUCUUCAGAAUCACUUAAGAUCUCACACCAGGGAGAAGCUGUAUCCUUGUUCUGAAUGUGGCAAGCAAUUCACGACCAGCUCCAAUCUUCAAAAACACAAAAAAAUUCACACGGGAGAGAAGCCGUAUUGGUGUUCUGAAUGCGGGAGACAGUUUUUGAGAAAAGACAGUCUUUUCAGCCACGAAAAAGUUCAUAUGAAAGAGAAGCCUUAUUGCUGUUUUGAAUGUGGCAAACAAUUUUGUAAAAAGAGUAGUCUUCAGCGGCACACUAGAAUGCACACUGGAGAGAAGCCAUACUGCUGCUUGGAAUGUGGGAAACAAUUUUUUCACAAAGCCAGUCUUCAGAAACACACUGGAAAGAAGCCCUAUUGCUGUAUGGAAUGUGGCAAACAAUUUUGUAAAAAGAGUACUCUCUGCCAACAUACUAGAAUCCACACUGGAGAGAAGCCAUAUCGGUGCAUAGAAUGUGGCAAAGGAUUUUCACGAACCAACAGUCUUAAGUGCCACAUAAGAAUCCACACUGGAGAAAAGCCAUAUUGUUGUUCAGAAUGUGGCAAACAAUUCACACACAGCAGCAACUUUUUCAGACACGUAAAAAUUCAUACAGGAGAGAAGCUGCAUUGCUGUUCUGAAUGUGGCAAAACGUUUUUAGGAAAAAGCCAGCUUCAGCGGCACAAAGAAAUUCAUGUGAGAGAGAAGCCAUACUGCUGUUCUGUGUGUGGUAAACGUUUUUCACGUACCGAUAAUGUUAAGAGACACAGUAGACUUCACACAGGAGAAAGGAGAGAUGAAAAAAUGAAGAUCAUGCCCAGAGGUGUGGCAUUGGAAGGUGCGAGAUCUCGUAAAGUCCUAGCCAAAAUAUAACAGUCUUGUCUAUUAACAUGUGAACUUUAUGGUAGUAAAGAAUAAAUUUAAGAUACAAAGAAAGGGUACAAAAUAUGCUACUGCAGGAUAAUUGAACAAGGUCCUUUUUUAGAAUGUUAAGUGGGGAUACAUAGAGUGUAACUCCUCCACCACAGUGCAUUCAGGGGUUCAGAGUCCUUCUGAGAGCAAAAGGGACCCUCAGAGAGCUGAAGACCAUAACCAGAAAGUCAAAACUCUACUGACCAAAGAGUUAAGUGCAGAACCAAAAAGAGACAAUCCGGAAAACAGAUUGAUAGUCAAAAAACCCCAAACCAAAUCCCAUAAAAGAAAUUUCUAACAACAUUUGGAUGACUUUCAGUCUCAACAAAUGUGUCAGGAAAAUGAAUAUCUACUGAAACUAUCAGCCUUGAGUCGGAGUGUAUCAUUUAGAAGUUUGCACUCAGAAGAAAAUGUUAAGUACUUUGGAAUUAAUGAAGGUGUAGACAUGAAUCGUAAGGCACGAAGGCAGACAUUCAGCAGAACAAAAAGGACCCUUGGGAGCUUCUUCACUGCCCACCACACAAUUCAUCGGUAGGAAAAAAAAACCUGGGUAGGUGUGUCUAGUGAAUGAAUUGUGUUACAAAUAUAUAAUACAAUAAUAAAACCAUACACACAGUGUACAUGAUAAAAUACAGUAUAUUGUUAUUUUAAACAUGUUGAAAAUUCAUAUUGUAGAACCAUGUCCUGCUUGAAAGCACAAAACAUAGUAAAAAUGCAUAAUUACAAUAAGGUGAUGAUACAAAAAGGAUCUGCGUUCUUUGAUCUUGAGUCAUGAUUCAGUUUGAGAAUCAAAUGAACAAGUAUUGUAAAACUCGUUCUUGGUUAAAAAAAUAGUUUGAGAAUCGAGUGAAUGAGAAUUGUGUUUCCUGUUUCCCGAUUAAUGAUUAAGUUUGAAAAUUAAAUGAACGAGAAUCAUGCGUCUCGUUCUCGGGUAAUGAAUUAUUUCAAAGAUCAACUCCUGUUGAUCUCCACUGAGUCAAAUCAUUCCUGCUCAUGAAUCAAUUCAUGUGACCCAUUAAAUACACUGCUCACAAAAAUUAA